UAUCUUUUUGUAUAAAAAUUCAGAUAUCCUGAAAAUGUCUGCUUUAGUAUUUUGCCAACUGCAGCAAGGGACGCAUGCAGCUUACCUUAAACGCAAGAGCAACAUACAAAAAUAUGGAAACGAAUUAUCCCAUGCUUUUGCUUCUCAUUCUCCUAUCGUUCGCCAAAUUCGGUGUACAGGCCGCACCGAUGAGAGGUGAGACCACAUUCAAUAAUGAAAUCAUGAAUGAUGUUCUAUUGGACUUGGAUGGGGAAUCACCCAAAUUAUGGGAUCUCAAAAGGAAGUAUACCUACAAUCUAGGAGAUGAGAAGCCUACUGAAAUAUUAUGGAAAAAGGAUGUUUUUGAAAAGGACAUGGAUGAUGCAGGAUUAUUCAAUGACUUUAGUGUUUUGAUAAGGAGUUCCGCAGGCUCCACCUCCACCAGCACAACGACAACAACUCCCAAACCCACAAAGGCAGGAUUCUGGCAAAGAAUUAAAGCCCUUAUAUGCAAUGAUUUUGACUACUCCAAGGCAGCGGAGCAAAGUGGCAGUCUUUUGGAGCCCAUCGUUGAGGUCAUCGAUGACGUCGAACGCAGCGAAACUUGGAAAACUGUCAGCAAAUAUGCAUCGAAAACUAAAGAUGUAGUCGCCGAAAAUGUUGAUGAGUUGGGUGAUAAAUUGAUAAUCUGGAAAGAUGACUUAAAGGAUAUGAUGAAAAAAAUUAACUUCUAAAAAUUGCAGAUCUUAUAAAAUUUAAAAAAAAAUAUAUAUAAAAAAUAAACCAAAAUUUUCUCAUUUUGGAAAUACCACAAAAAAA